AUGCCCAAAAGAAAGAAACUUUCUAACGGUGGAUCUUCUUGUCAGCUUGCGGAAAUGAGUGAAUGUGUUGAGAAAUUAAAAACACAAAGAAAGAAAGUAAAACAAGAUGAUUCUAAUUUUGAAUAUUUAUCUGUUGCUCCCGUAGAAUCCACAUCGGCCACUACCGAACGAACGAACGAAAUCUCGCAAGAUGUACUGACCAAUGUCCUACUCCGAUUUUUUGACUUCAAGUGGUUGUUUCAGAUUGCAAGUUUGGUAUGUCGGGAGUGGCAUGACUUGGCAAAGAGAUCACAAUUCAAGCUCAAUAUAGUUCUCUCGAAAAAUAAUAAUGAAUCCUUUGUCCAUUGCUGUGAAAGCGGAAGAUUGGAGUCUGUGACUGAGUUUGUUGUGAGAGAUUUGACUUUGAACAGUCUACGAGACAUUUGCUCUUUCAAUCUUUCAUUCAAAUUCUUAGAAAAAUUAGAUUUAUCGCGCAAUCACAUUGGCGAUACUGGUAUACAAACCUUGGCUCGCCAUUACAAAGCGUUCGAGACAAUUAAAAUUCUUCGAUUGAGAAGUAAUAAGAUCUCAUGCAAAGGAGCUCAGUCACUGAAGGAUGCAUUGUUUUCAAAUCUGACCUAUCUAGACUUGAGUAUGAAUCCUAUUGGAAAUGAUGGAUGUAUGCAUUUAGCCAACAUGCCCUUUUCUUUGUCAUUGCUGAAACUCAAGCUGUAUGACUGUGGCAUCAAUGACGAUGGUAUUAAGAGUUUAUUGAGUUCUGGCAAUUUAAAUUCUCUUAAAUGGUUAAACUUGAGAUUUAACAAGAUUGGAAUGGAGGGCAUUCACUGUUUGGAGACAAUGCCCAAGCUUGAAAAGCUAAAUCUAUGCUACAGUCUUCACAAAUCCACAAAAGACCACGCGAAAAAGAGUACUCUUUUCACAAAGUGUCUAGUGAAAAUAUAA